AUGUCGCUGCUUCCAUCAGCGACCGAAAUCCUGUGCGGCAUUCCUGGCGGCAAGCGGCUGCUGGUUGCACGCAGCUCCGAGGACGACUAUCCGAGCGACAUUGUGCAUCUGCCUGCGGUUAUCGACCAGAUCACCAAAUUCACCACCUCGGCAGACGUCGACAAGCAGGUGAAGGAGAAGAUGAAGGAGCUCGGUACACUGUAUGUGGUCGACCGAGAUCGUAUCGAGGUGCUAAAGCCUGAUGUGAUUCUGACACAGGAUCUGUGCCGCGUGUGCUCGAUUGACCUGAUGACUGUCGAGAGGAUCGCACAGACUAUGGAUCCACAGCCGCAGGUCCUAAAUCUGAGCCCCGUGUGUCUGGAAGAUAUGCUUGACAAUGUCACUGAGGUGGGCCAGGCUGCUGGUCUCGAGGCAGAGGCCCAAGAGUAUCGCAAGCCAAGGGUUGCGUUCAUGGACUGGGUUGAUCCGAUAAUUGUUGGCGGACACUGGAUGCCACAGAUGAUCGAGAUUGCAGGCGGGAUUGCAUUGCUCAACCCAGCCUUUACUGGCGACAACGGCCACCGCCAUGGCGACCGUGCGAUCAAGGUCACCCCUGAAGAGCUGCUGGAAGCCAAGCCUGAUGUGCUCAUCAUUGCCGCAUGCGGUCUGGAGAUGCACACGCUCCGCAAGGAGAUCGGGCUGAUCAGCGGCCGCGAUAGCUGGAAGGCGAUUCGCGCUGCAGUCCCACGUAUUGUCAUUUGCGAUGGCCACUACUACUUCAACCGGCCAGGUCCGCGUCUAGUCGACUCACUCGAGUUCAUGGCCGGCUACAUUAACAAGGUGCCUGAUCUCAUCCCUGGGGGCUUCGAAUACGAGGAGUUGCAGAAAUAGUCAUUCAAUAAAUUCGCUAACAG